UCCCGGCGCAGCACGGCGCCGGGCGCACUCGCGCUCGAGACACCGCCGCGGCCGCACGUCAUGGCGACUACGCCCUAAAACAAAUAAAACAUCCCGUUAACGCGUGUGCUGUGAUAACCCAAACGUGGAAUCAUUUGUGAGCAUCACUAACAACAACAUUAUGCAUCGGUCGAAAGGCGACAUGGCGUCGCCGAAGUGCUUGUUCUUCAUCAUUGCGUUACAUUUCGCUAUCAGUCAUGCAGGACCUCUGGGCCCAUUGCCGAAUGUGACGAGCAUGGAUUUGGGAUUAAAAGAAGGCAGUUGCGCACUAGGUGACGUGGUCUACAUGUCCGGGGACGAAUUCCCCGGUGCCAGCGCUUGCGAGCGUUGCGCGUGCUCCGGUGGGGAGGUGCAGUGUGAGAAGCAGCGCUGCGAGCCGCGACCCGGGUGUAAGGCUGUCCACCGGCCUGACCACUGCUGUCCGACUUAUCAGUGUGAAUGCGAGCAGGAAGGUCGUGUAUACGGUAAUGGCGAGAAGCUAGUAGACCCACAAGACCCCUGUCGCGUGUGCUACUGCCAGGGGGGUGAGGUGGUCUGCCGCCGCAUCGCGUGCUUCGUGCGGGACGACUGCCAGCCGCGCCUCGUGCCCGGCAGGUGCUGCCCGGAGUAUGAUAACUGCCCUCUUAGAGGAGUUACAUCUGUCCAUGGAAUGACACCAUCGGUAUCAAGCACGCCUGCUGUGGAAGUCAACACGAGUGCCGAUUCCAUACCAAUCGAGCCUACGGUUCCCAAAAUAACAAUCAAAGAAAUCACACCCGUUUCUGAAAUACCUGUCGUCACUGAUGUGAAGAUUAAGGAAAUCUUACCUUCACCUCAUAAUAUGGACGUCGCCGAAUAUUCAUCAUCGAAAUCCCCACUUAUUCCACGUGAAGUAACGUCUGAAAAAAUAACUGGCGAUCUCAAAACAGAAUCUCCUUUUAACGAGUCUUCAGAUUCUAAAACAUCUUUGGAAGAUAAUGCUAACGAAAAGGGCAGUGAUUCACAUCCUUCAAGAAUAAGCUUUUCUACACAAGACUCAUUAAACAGCGAAAUAUAUCCUUCAAAUGUACCAAAUUUGAUAUUAAUGGGUGCACCAUCUCAACCUAUAUCUCUUAGCCCUCUCACAACAAAAGCCCCUUUGAUUGAAGAAGAGGACCAAUCAUUAUUCGACCAUAAUCCAGCAUUUCCACCGAUACCCGAUGAUCUUACCGUAGUCGGUAACCAUGACGACGAAAUUCUACAAGAACAAAACUUAGACAACGAUCACGUCUCCAUGCAUGAUGUCUUGACAUCUAAUGAUAAAAUUUUAACUGAAGCGCCUAUUAUUAAAGAAUCGCCUUCAACAAUGUUAUAUGUAACAAAUGGAAUGACUAUUUCUACGGAAAAUGUAUCUGAACAGGAAUUAACAUCAGCUGGGAUUUCUACUAAAAACGACUUAUCUAGCACGGAAUCUUCUACGUCGAAGGAAAAUUCUAUGAUAAACCUAAGAUCUGUCCUUCCUACUCAAAUUCUUAACAUUCCCUCCUUUAUCGCAGAUGAGACAACAGAUGAUAUGGAGAGUACAACUGAUAUUCCCACAACAGAGUCUGCUGAAGAUUUAAAAGCUACAGACGAUACGCUCAUAUCAUCAGAUAAGGGUGCGGUAAUAUUAGGAGACGAAGAGGACGGACAAAGUAGUUUUAAAGAACCUCGAGCAGAUAUCAUAACACCACAGACGACUGAAAAUAUGCUAGAAUCAAAAGGAUCACUGAUAUUAACAACUGAUGUUAGUGCAGAGAAUAAACCAAGCUCUUUACUUAUUGAAACGAGUGAUCAAAAUCCUCACGAAGUUACCGAUAAAAGCUCAAAUGACAAACUAUCGUCCUCUACAGCUAAUCCACAAACUUUUGAUGCAACUCCAGACUCACUUUCUAGAAUAGAACCAGGCAGCGAUACCUCGCUUGAAAACAUAGAAACUACAGAAUUUAUUCUUUCGUCGUUUGGUUCUCAAGAGAGUGCCACAGAUGCCGUAGAGUUGAUCAAAAUAGCUCCCGAUAACGAAAAAAAUUCGGCGAUUGUUGAACCUCCCCGCGCAAGAAAGAAUAAUGUGUUGAAUGAUUUAAUAAAUUUAGUCGGCGAUGUGGCUUUAAUUAGUGACCAUACUGACUCACCCGAUUCACAUCAUGGUAUAAGUUCCACUACAAUUUCGGAUUCUGAAGAAUUAAUUCCAGUAAACGCUGGUUACAAAAGUAAAAACAACAAUUGGAACUUAAAUUCCAUUACAGAGGUUCCUUUCAAAAGCAAAAGCCAGCCCUCAGUUAACAAGCAGAAGAACGUAGAGAUCGAAGAUGACGAAACAGAUAGCAUAACCGACUCCCCACCACCAAAUGACAAAGUAGAACCGACAACUAAAAGGCCUACUAUAGAUAACGUGUCUGACAAUGCUCCGCAAAAUAACAAUAGCACAAUUGACAAGAAAGACAUCGAAAUAAUCAAAAAAACAUAUGUCCCAACUAUUAAUAAACAUCCUACGAAAGUAGUUAUGGAAAACAGCAAUGAUCAACCAAGUUCUGACGCUGCGACAUCCGGAAGUGAGGACAAAUCUCCAUCGUCCAAUGACGAUACAGCUGUACCAGGCGACACAACCUUGGAUGAGCAAGAUGAGGCGUCUUCACCUGCAGACGAAGAGGUGACGGAACAGUCUUUAGAUACUUCGAGCGUUGCUCCAUGAGAGGCGCAAAUACAAUUAAAGGAACCUCAAUUUCAGCAUUUCGUAUCGAUUAAGUUUCGUUAUUGAAACUAUGUAUUGUAGAGACUUUUCAUUUACCGAUGAAUCGUAUCGUCAAUUGUGAAUUAGCGUAUUUAUAAUUUAAGUAGCCGCCAGUCAACUGGUUGAAUUUAUUAAUAUAUUAGUUGGACAAAUUAUUUAUAAUCUUAGCUAAGUGUAGUUCGUCGUUGCAAAAGCUUCGUGUGUAAGUUAUUUAUUUUAGUGAGAAACGUGAAUCGAUUAACCAAGCUAGUCAAUUUGUGACGGCGGGUCUGCCCGCUCGAACCAUGUUGCCAUGUUCGCUAGCUGACGCGUUGAAACGAGCGAAUCAUUCCGAGUAGAUUAGUUCCUUUAGACUUUAGGUUAAACACUCCUUAGCCGACCCGUGACCAAUUGCCUGUGAAUGUGACAAAAUUUGGUACAAAUGUUAGUAAUUAACUUAUGAUAUUCAGUGGUAGUUUUAACGCACAAAGUGUCUAAUUAUUGCACAAAUUAAUGUUCUAUUUCUGCGCGUAUAAGGCGUUAUUCAAGCUCAAUAUAAAUUAUGUAAUUAUAGAAUUAUGUACAGUUUAAUCUUCAUUCAAAUUAAUUACUUUACCAGUGAUGAAUAUAAUUUAAAUGAUACCAGAUUGAAUUAAAUUUGUUUCGAUGUUCUUUCAUGUUUAAUAUUAGUGUGAGAUUUUGAUUUGCCAAAGGACUAUUAACUUCGUUUAUAUCAUUAAUGUAUUAUUGACGAUUGUAGCUGGUAAAGUAAUUUCUAAUCUUAUAACUUAAAUUGAUUCGUUUGAUAAUUAAAACAUUUUGGUUCACCAUUAUGGCUAAGUCGAGUCGCCCAGUGCUCCUUCUUGCCCCGGAAGACCGCUUCUUUUCCGGGGCAACAAGCGCACGUGCUCAUUCAUAUUAUGUAUUCAAUUAUGAUUGUUUUUUUACAAAUAAAACAAAUUAG